AUGUCGACCUUGCUGUCUGUGGUACGUUCAGAAGGUUUUUUCCCUCUUGCAUUUGCUUUGGUUGAUGCUGAAGAUGAGGCUAACUGGACUUGGUACGGUGAGAUGUGGUCAAAUGUUGCCGAGUCAUUCAAUUCUUGGAUUAGGAAAGAACGAUUAUUACCAAUAUUCCAAUUGGUAGAAAGCAUAAGAGUUAAAUUGAUGGUGAUGAAUGUUGAGAGACGUAUUGCUGCAGAGAAAUGGAACUCUUAUUUAUGCCCCGAAAUAGAGAACCAGUUGGAUAAGUUAAUGGAGGUGGGAAGACAUUGGCACAUUAGCCGGUCAAGCGAGUUUGUAUUUGAAGUACGUAGCGAUGACUCGGUAAUGGUGGACUUGGAAAAAUGGUAUUGUUCAUGUUGUCAGUGGCAGAUUAAAGGUUUCCCUUGCUCACACGCAGUUGCAGCUAUCAUGCACAACGAUGGCAAUCCUUAUGAUUACAUUGAAGACUAUUUCACAGCUGAUUACUGUAAGUCUUCAUAUUCUUUUCCAAUUGAACCGAUUCCUGACAUCCAUCAACCCCCACUUGAUAUAGUGAAGGAUUUUGUCAUCAAGCCUCCAGUGACAAGAAAACAACCCGGCAAACCAAGGGUUAAGAGGAUUAAGUCUAAUGGGGAAGAAUCAAGACCAAUGAAGUGUGGGAGGUGCAAGAAGCUUGGACACCACAAUAAGAACACUUGCUCAGCGCCCUUUUGA